AUCUCUGCGUCACACAGCUGUCCUGAACACAGUUUAAAACCCCACACCCACACUGUGUGGUGUUAGUGGACAAGGAGAAGCCGUAAACUACACACAGCUGACUGGAGGAAAGUGAAGCAUGGCAGGUUUUGAACUGUAUGCAUACCAGAAGGAAGUGGCUGAGAGGGCUCUUCACAAAGAAAACAUCAUCAUUUGGCUGCCGACAGGAGGUGGAAAGACCCGAGCUGCUGUCUAUGUGGCCAAAAAACACCUGGAGACCACCCCACGGGCCAAGGUGGUGGUCCUGGUGAACAAGGUUCACCUUGUAGAUCAACAUUACAAAAAUGAGUUCAAACCUCACCUGGGCCGAGACUACAACGUGUUGGCGGUCAGCGGAGAGACAGUGGAGAAGGACUUCUUUGGGAAAGUGUUGCAAGAAAAGGACGUUGUCAUCUGCACAGCACAGAUUUUGCAUAAUGCUCUGAUAGACAAGGAGGAGGACAAACAUGUGGAGCUCUCAGAUAUUACUCUACUGAUAAUCGAUGAGUGUCACCACACCAACAAAGAUGCAGUCUACAACAAGGUGAUGACAAUCUACCUGGAGAAAAAACUAAAAGGAGAGAAAUCAUUGCCACAGAUCCUGGGUCUCACUGCAUCACCGGGGACAGGGGGUGCAAAGGACUUACAAAAAGCUGUGGAGCACGUACUGCAGAUUUGUGCCAACCUUGACUCAGCCAUAGUUUCAACUAAAAACGCUGUCGCUGAGCUGAAAGAGAAAGUCCCCAGGCCCAUCAAGCAGUUCGACAUUGUGGACGCAAGACCUGAGGAUCCGUUCGGGGAUCAACUGAAGUCCAUGAUGCUGAUGAUCCAUGAGUUCAUGAACAUUCCUCCAAGCUUCAGACUGAGACAGUGUGGCACUCAAGAGUAUGAGGCAGAUGUGGUGGAACUCGAGAAGAACGGAGUCAAAAAGGACGACAGACAGCUAGCACAAUGUGCACUUCACCUCCGACAGUACAACGAUGCCUUGCUCAUCAACGACACGCUGCGGAUGAUAGAUGCCUAUCUCUCCCUGGAGGACUUCUACAGCAACAAGAUAACCAGAGAAAUUGAUGGAACAGACGUCUUCCUGGUGGGGCUUUUCCAAGAGAAUCAGGCGGAGCUGGAGAUAUUGGCAAAAGAUUCUCGCUAUGGCAACCCAAAGAUGGACAAACUAAAAAGCACUCUGCUAGAACAGUUUGUUCCAAGUGAGAAUUCGAAGGGGAUCAUUUUCAGCAAAACCCGUAAAAGCACCCACUGCCUGAACGACUGGGUCCUCAACGAUAUAGAGUUAAAGGAAGCGGGUAUCAAGCCAGCCAUCCUCACUGGAGCUGGCAACGGUAUCUCUUACAUGACAUUGAACGAGCAGUCAGAAACAAUCCGCAAUUUCCGCCAAGGUGCUGUCAACCUCCUGGUCUCCACCAGUGUGGCUGAAGAAGGCCUCGACAUCCCUGAAUGCAACCUGGUGGUACGCUACGGACUGCUUACAAAUGAGAUUGCCCAGCAGCAGGCCAGCGGACGCGCCCGAGCAAAAGACAGCCGGUAUUCAGUGGUCGCCCAGAGAGGGGGGAAGGAAGUGAGGCGAGAGCACAUCAAUGAUCAUCUGAAAGAGCUGACAGAAAAAGCUAUUGCUAAGGUCCAAGAGAUGAGCCCCCGAGAGUUCUCCAAAAAGAUAGCUGCACUGCAAAGGGAGGCAGCUAUUCAAAGGAGUCUUGAUGAGAAACUCAAAAUGGAGAAGAGGAGUCGCUACCCUGCUGCUAGUGUCAACCUGGUGUGUCGAAGCUGCUUCACCUCUGUGGCCCCUGGCAGUGACCUGAGACUCCUGGAUGGUGUGCACUAUGUCAACGUCAACCCUGACUUUGAGAAAAACUACAAAGUCGGUGGGCAGGUGAUGCUGGAAAAGAGUUUUGAGGACUGGGAGCCUGGGUGUAAGAUCUGUUGCAGAAAAUGCGACAAGGACUGGGGAUAUGAGAUGAAAUACAAAGUACAUGCCCUGCUGCCAAAUCUAAGCAUUAAGAAUUUAGCCCUGGAUACCCCCAAUGGCGACAGGCUCACUUUGAAAAAGUGGAAGGAUAUCCCUUUCAUUGUGGAGGACUUCAGCUUUGAAGAGUACUGCCAUGAGAACCACCCCGACCUCUUCGAUUGAGACAACAACAACAGAGUGCAUUACUAAACAUGUUGUUUUGUAUCUGUUUUUAAUUACCGUCUAUUGGUGUUGGGCUGCGCUCAGUUAGAGUGAGCAUCAUUGUAUUGUUGGAGGUGCCUUUACAUGAACACUGGCUUUUUUUUAAAACUCACACGCUUGCAUUAACUUGUGCUGCCGGGUGCUAAAACCCAUUAACCUGCUUGAAAUGAGCAUGACAGCUUUGUUUAUGCCCAGGGUCUUUACCCCCUUUGCAUGUAUUUCCUCUGCUUUCUCUCAAGUCAAGCACAGAAAAAGUACACAAUGAACUCUGCUGUAAUAUAAAUGUUAACUAUCAUGAGCACUUGUCAAAGAGGAUUUCUUAUGAAUUCUCUUUUUUAUAUUUUAAAACGCUUGUAAGUUUGUUGUAUGAAGAUAUUGAGGGGUACUGAUGAUCUGAAGUAAUUACUGAUUUGAACGAUAAAGUUAAUUGUGUUGCGUUGAUGUAUUCUAUUUAUUGAAAAACAACCAAUUAUGGUAUAUUUUUGUAAAGUAAAAUUACAUUUGCGAUUACAUUUGAAUAAACAUUCCUCUUGAAAUGAC